AUGUUAACAGCUAUGACGGGAAAACUGCUAUUUUCUGUUCCUGUAUUCCUGGCACUCUUGGCGUACGGAGCGGCCGAAGCACCAAGGUUCGUCUGUUACUUCAGUAAUUGGGCUAUCUACCGCCCGGACAUAGGCAGCUAUGGCAUCGACGACAUUCCCGGUGAUAUGUGCACACACGUUAUCUACUCCUUCAUCGGUGUAAGCAAUGUCACUUGGGGGGUACUCAUUCUCGACGAAGAACUCGACGUGCAACAAGGCGGCUUCAAUAAGUUCGUCGCCCUAAAACAGAAGUAUCCGCACCUGAAGACCCAGGUCGCUAUCGGUGGUUGGGCUGAAGGUGGCAGAAAGUACAGCAGUAUGGUCAGCGAUCCAGCCAAGCGAACCUCACUCAUCCAAAGCAUCGUCGGAUUCAUGGAGCUAUACGGCUUCGACGGCUUCGAUCUCGAUUGGGAAUACCCGUCUGCUACCGACAGAGGCGGCACUUUCAGCGACAAGAACAACUUCUUCUACUUCGUCGAGGAGUUGAGGAUGGCGUUCGACAAGAAGGGCAAAGGUUGGGAGAUCACCAUGGCUGUACCGAUGGCCACAUUCCGUCUCAACGAGGGAUACCAUGUGCCAGAGUUGUGCGAACUGUGCGACGCCAUCCACGUGAUGUCUUACGAUCUUCGCGGCAACUGGGGCGGUUUCGCGGACGUUCACAGCCCGCUCUACAGGCGACCUCACGAUCAGUACGCCUAUGAGAAACUGAACGUGCAUGACGGUCUUCAACUCUGGGAAGAGAAAGGAUGUCCCGCUCACAAACUCAUUGUAGGGAUCCCGUUGUACGGACGUAGCUUCACCCUCAGCCAGGGUAACAAAGAUUACAAGCCCGGAACUUAUAUCAACAAGGAAGCCGGUGGCGGCGAUGCCGGCAAAUACACAGGAGCUAAAGGAUUCUUGGCUUACUACGAAAUCUGCAUGAAGCUUCAAAACGAAGACGGAUGGACCAAAGCUUAUGACGACAUCGGCAAAGUGCCAUACGCGUACAAGGGAACUCAGUGGGUCGGCUACGAAGAUGCCGACAGUAUCGUCCACAAGAUGAACUUCCUCAAGGAGAAGCACUACGGCGGUGUUAUGGUCUGGGCUACCGAUAUGGACGACUUCAAAGGAACCUGCGGCCCCGUGAAUCCUCUCAUGACCACUAUGUACGAAGGUCUGAAAGGCUACACGGUAGAGCCCAAGGUUUUCAAUAGCACUCCCAGGCCCGAGUGGGACAGGCCGCCCAGUACGCCAUCCUCGAACGGUCAGACCAAACCAACCACACAGGCACCUCCAAGGCCCACCGAUCCAACUCAGGGACCUACGCAAUCGGUGCCCACUUCGAAGCCAACCGACGACGACAACGUCGUUUGCAACGGCGAGAGGUUCAUCCCCAGCACGGACUGUUCAGUGUACUACAUCUGCAACCACGGCAAACCUAUCAAGACACAAUGCGCAGCCGGUUUGAUCUUCCACACGUCCAAGUUCAUCUGCGACUGGCCGGGCAACGCCGACCGACCGGAGUGCAGACGCUGA